AUUACGUUCUGGUUUUAUUUGCAGCGCUUUGACGUGAUUAAGCACGUUAGCAAUGUCGGGUAUGGAGGAUAUGUCCAACGAUUUUGGAACAUUUAAAGACGACAGUGCCUUUAAUGUCGAGGCUGGGGACCAUGGCGAAGAUGGCUAUGUUUUGGACCCGACGCGAUAUAUGUUUUACAGAGACAGAAAGGAGUGGGCUGACUUGGAGCCUGUUCCUCAGGAUGAUGGACCAAACCCUGUGGUCAAGAUCGCUUAUUCGGAAAAGUUCUCCGAUGUUUUUGACUAUUUCCGUGCCCUUCUAAAGCAUGAUGAAAAGAGCGAGCGAGCCUUCGCCUUGACAGCAGACGCCAUUGAGUUGAAUGCUGCUAAUUACACUGUGUGGCACUACAGGCGGGUAUUGCUACAAGCUCUGGCAAAAGACCUGAGGGAAGAAAUGUGCUACAUUACAGCCAUCAUUGAGGAUCAACCUAAAAACUACCAAGUGUGGCAUCAUAGACGUAUCGUGGUAGAGUGGUUGAACGACCCUUCAGAGGAGCUGGAGUUCAUUGCAGACAUCCUCAGCCAAGACGCAAAGAACUACCAUGCCUGGCAACACAGACAGUGGGUCAUCCAGGAGUACAAACUAUGGGACAAUGAGCUGGAGUUUGUAGAGAAUCUCCUGGAAGAAGAUGUGAGGAAUAAUUCUGCCUGGAAUCAGCGGCAUUUUGUCAUCUCAAUCACUACAGGCUUCUCUGAUCAAGCUGUUCUAGAGAGAGAGAUCCAGUACUGUCUGACCCAGAUCAAAAAGGCUUCCCACAAUGAAAGUGCAUGGAACUAUUUGAAAGGGAUGCUGCAGGACAAAGGUCUGUCGUCUCAGCCUGGCCUGCUAGAGAAAAUCCUGGAACUGAAGGAGACCCGAUGUUCCUCGUACCUUCUCGCCUUCCUCUUUGAUUGCUACGAAGACGCUUUGGAGAAUAGCAGUCAAAAAGAAAGAGCAGAGGAAAAACGGAUAGAAACCUUAAAACAAGCUCUAGCAAUUUGUCACCUUCUAGCCCAGGAGAAGGAUAGCAUCCGUAAGGAGUAUUGGCUGUUUUUGGGACGUUCUUUAAAGAGCAAAUAUGGAUCCAGUGGGCCCAGAACAGGUGACGCCGAACCUCCAUCUUCAGGGGCGGAGAAGUCUGAAAUGACCUAGAUGCACCUAGUUCACUCCACUCCCACAAAACUGGUUUGAUGAACUUAUUGCUGUAAACUGCAAUUUUGUGUAUUGCACAAUAGGCAUGUUGCUACGAGUGGCCAUGCAGUGAAGGAAAUGAGAGUGUUACUAUGUCAAGGCCUUCUUUCAAAAACAGGACAAAAAUCACUUCUGGGCCAUUAGGAUUCAUCUCGCAGCAUAUUUGUAUCUAUUAUAUUGCUCUCUAAUAGGCCUGGGCGAUAUGGCCUAAUAUAAAAUCUGAAUUUUUUCACUAACCAUUUGAUUUCCGAUUUUUUUCCCUACUUUUGAAAACAACAAUGAGUACAAAUGACAGAGAUAAUUCAAAACAAGUAGUUUGAAAUAACACACCAUACAUUGCAUCUUACUCUUAGCAAAAUUCAAAUUUGAAUAAUGUUCUCUGUAGACCAGAUAUAAAUUGUACUUUUUAUGGAAUCAUUUUCAAAGAUUUAAAUUAAGAGCUUCCCAUGGGUAGCAAUUCUUCUGUGUUGUAUACAAUACUACUCUUGACAAAAUAUAGCAAUGCACAUUGCAUGUAAAUACAUAAUAAUAUCCAAUAUUGAGAUUAAUAAUGUGCAAAUUAAAAUGUCUGUCUUGAAUAAAACAUACUGCUAAUAAAAAUGUAGUAUCAUACAUUGUAUGCAAAUAAAUAAUCAAGUAAAACAUUGAGGGGAGUAUAGUUUCAGUAAGUGGAUAAACACAGGUUUUUAUAUUCACAGAUCUUGGCGGUGUGUAGAGACUGCUUUAGUGAUCGUUCUACGCAUUGUGCUUCUUUGUCAUCAUACAUGGUAUCAUCAUACAUAACUGGUGCAAAUGAUAACACCAUAGUAAGCUGCUUUUUAGCGGGAAGUUGUUUGUUUUUAUGGUCUUAUUUGCCUUGUAUAGAGUUGUAUUUCCCGCACUGAGUUAGACGCUUCGGUCUCUGAUGCAGGAGUAAGUUUGUUGUGCUGCAGCCUUUUUUAAACAAACUUUGCACCGUGCAGAAACGUUUUGCUAUUGUUUCUGUUAGCAUUAGCCAUGUUUUGCCAGGUGUGCCGCUAAGUAAAUAAGGUGCAGGGUGGAAGCUACGGAAGCAUUUCGGGGCAAACGAUAAGCUGGAGCAAGAGGAGAAUAAAAAACAUUUUUAAUCGUUUGCAACAAAAAAAACUUGAAAAAAUCGAUAUCGCCCAGGCCUACUCUCUACAUACAUAGUAGUUUUGUUUUUAUUUGGUCGUAUUUCAUCAUGUUCCUUAGUGUUUUACUUUGCAAAAAUACAUCAUGUGAUUACUAAAAGCGCUAUUUGUGUUUUAAAAUUAUUUUACAACUGACUCAUUAAAGGUGUUGUAUGUCUACCGCUCAGAA